AUCAACGCGAACACAAAAGAUGUGGUCCCCACCGAAGUUUGUGUACCAAGUGUUGAUUUUGAUUUUAUUCGAAAGGCAAUCGAGUGCUUUAAAAUAUAAAUUCAUUCCUGAAAACGAGGAUUUAGUCACCGAUUGUCCUAAUAAACCAAGUAAUGUACACAAUUUUAAUGGACUUUUCGAUACCUCUGAUUCAACCUUUAAAACGGAUUUUGUGUCCGUACGCUUUGCGGGCAAUCUCACCUGCGUCUGGAAUAUUCAAUCUGGUGAUCGCAUUCAGGGAACUUUUGAAAUAAAACGCUUCGAUCGGGGAUCCUGGCAACCAACAGUAUUCAAUAUGUUUGUCCGUGACUUCUGUUCAUCUCUCUUUCAAAAAGAACAGUACUGGUACAAGUAUUGGUCGAAAUACAUAAUCAAUAGGGAACAAGUCAAUGAUAAAUGUAUUCUGCCUGGAACUAAAUUUAUUCACGAACCGUUUAAUGUAGAUUUAUUCUUCGAGGCACAAGGAUUACCAUUGAUUGGACCACACAAGCUUGUCUAUACAUUUAAGGCCUUUGACUCUAAGGGAGUAGAGCGAAAUACUAGCAUCUGUUUCGAAAUUUUAGGGGAAUUUCAGAGGCUGUAGAUAUGCCGAGAAUGAUAAUAA